AUGAAUGCUCUUCUUCACGAACCGUUCCGAACCGUCAACGGGUUUCGCAUUGUCAAACAGCAGAAUUCCAUUGCCCGGCCUCCCUUGACUCCAGGCACGUUGCGACCCUCAUUCUUGGCCAGAAUGGAACGCAAAAGGGCAGGCAAACCAGGACAUGCUCAUUGUGUCCUGCUUUACUGCCCCUGCCCCGAACACUCCAAGACGGCGCCCAUGGAAGCUUUCAGCGAAAGGGACGGUGCGAAGCUUACGUUGCCGACCACAUGGCAAAACCCAUUGCUAUCUUUGGGGGCUGUGGACUAUCGACAAGUUCGCGCGUCGAGCUGCGUCUUUGUGGAAACUAGCCGCAUCUUUGGAAUCCAAAUUGCCUGGUGCACACCAUUCGUGCUGGACGAAAGUGAGCUAGACAUGCGAUGGGGAAGCAUCGGGGCCGUGUUUGCUUCCGUUUUUGCAAAGUGCCCUCGCACCAUUGAAGACAGCUGCAAGCUGCCUUCUCGACUCAAGGCGGUGCUCCUCUCGAUCCGCAGCGAAGCGGCAAGACCGGCGGGGAAGCCGUCGUACAGAAUCUCUCCAUGA